AUGAGGUAUGUUUUGAAAGCUAUUGUCAUGAAAUUUAAGGCUUUAGAUUUCCCUCUUACAAAGGUUUUAAGCGUUGGAAACUUUAAGAUAGGACUUAUACAUGGACAUCAAAUAGUUCCUUGGGGAGACCAAAAAAGUUUAGCUACGCUGCAACGGGAGUUAGACGUUGAUAUAUUGAUCAGUGGUCAUACUCAUAAGUUUGAAGCCUAUGAAUAUGCUGGACACUUUUAUAUCAAUCCUGGUUCUGCUACCGGUGCAUAUAGCCCUUUUGAAAAAAACCCGCAACCUUCAUUUGUUCUUUUGGAUAUUCAAGAAACCGCAAUACAGUUAUAUGUGUACACCCUAGUCAAUGAUGAACAUAAAGUUUCUCGCAUAGAAUACCAGAAAAACAAAUGUUUGUAA